AUGUCAACUGCUAUGCAAGCUCUCACCGCUAAUUAUACUGCAUCUCAACAAGAACUUGAAGACCUUGUGAUUGCUAGACAGAAGCUGGAAACUCAACUUCAGGAAAACAAAAUUGUACAAGAUGAAUUUGGCACUUUAAAAGACGAUACCAAAGUCUACAAGCUUACGGGAAACGUCCUACUACCAGUGGAACAAUUCGAGGCGAAGAAUAAUGUGAGCAAAAGACUAGAGUUUAUCACGGGAGAAAUCAAGAGAUGUGAGGAGAACAUCAAGAACAAACAGACGGCACAGGAUCAAAUGCGGGCUGAAAUCAUGAAGGCCCAACAAGCAGCUCAGGGGGCAUAG